UUCCCUCCCCGUGGGGGCGGGCCGUUCAGCGACUUCUCACUAUGUAAAUGACCGGCUUCUCGGCCACACCUGAAGGAGGAAGCCGACUGGAAUUAGCCUCAGGCCAUUCAGGAAACCCAGCUGUGCUGAGCGAGGCCCCGCGAAGCAGCAGCACCAGCCUCCAGAGUCCCAGGCCCCGGCUCCCAGCCAUGCCCUGGCAGCUCCCUGCAGCGAUGGUGCUCUUCCUGUCCCUGGCCGUGAUUUUGCAUCAUGGCAGUCAAGUCAGAGCAACAGGGUUUCCAGAAAUCACAGGCUCUUCUCAACCUACAAGAGCAGCAACAGUACAGGCCACAGCAAAACCUUCUUUCCUGAAACGGACUAGCCAAGUGCCUCACAGAACUACAGCAGCAAGUUCGACGGGUGGUCCCGUCCCCUCUCAAACAGCUGCCACAACCUCCAACUCUGAGACCCCAAUGACACACACAACAAUAAAAACUCUGACAACAACCUCUCUCAUAACCACAGACAGCACCCCAUCCACCAGCCCCAACACCCACACUCCAGUCACAACCCUGGCCACACCCAACAACUCACACACGGCUGCUCCCGUCACCGAGGCUACAAUCGGCCCCAGCACAGCUCCUGGUUCACUGCCCCCCACCAUCACCCCACCAGCCCAUACAACUAGACCCAACCCAUCGACUGCCAGCCACACAACUGGGAAGACCACCCAACCCAGUAGCCACACAACUGGGAAGACCACCCAAACCACCCUUCCAACAACUUUGUCCACCUCACCACACAUCAACACAACCAGUCAGAAGCCCACUCAACCCACCCAUGCCCUGGUCACAACCACAGCUGCACACAAUGCCACCCACACAGCCUCCCCUGCCACCAUAGCUCCAGGGCCCACCCUGGCACCUCAGCCAUCACCAGCCAAGACUGGAAUUUAUCAAGUGCUAAAUGGAAGCAGGCUCUGUAUCAAAGCAGAGAUGGGGAUACAGCUGAUGGUUCAAGACACGGAGUCGGUUUUUUCACCUCAGAGAUACUUCAACAUCGACCCCAAUGCAACGCAAGCCUCUGGGAACUGUGGCUUCCGAAACUCCAACCUUCUCUUGAACUUCCAGGGCGGAUUUGUGAACCUGACCUUCACCAAGGAUGAAAACUCAUAUUAUAUCAAUGAAGUGGGAGCCUAUUUGACCAUCUCAAAUCCAGAGAAAAUUUACCAAGGAAUGAAGAGCUCUGCGAUGAUGUUUGAGACGGUGAUCGGGCAUUCCUUCAAGUGUGUGACUGAGCAGAGCAUCCAGCUGUCAGCCCACCUUCAGCUGAAGACAAUGAAUGUCCAACUUCAAGCCUUCGAUUUCGAAGAUGACCACUUUGGAAAUGUGGACGAGUGUUCCUCUGACUACACAAUUGUCCUUCCCGUGAUUGGGGCCAUCGUGCUGGGUCUCUGCGCUGUGGGUUUGAUUGUCUAUGGAAUCCGCCUAAGGCGUGAAUCAUCUGGAUACCAGAGAAUCUAAUGGGUGCCCAGGGGAAAGAAAAGAAUGGAGCUUAGAGAAUUCUUUCGUCGUUUCCAGGGUAUUGGGGGCUUCCCUUAGAGUGUGGGUCCUUCCAGCAAUGUCAACCACCUCUCACAAAAACUAAGUCAUUUCUGAUUUAACUUCAAGCAGCACAUCAAUUUCUAAGAUUUUUUUUUUCAUUUUAUGUAAGAGCUAGUGAACUGUUUAAGAGUAUUCCCUAGUUUCCUUCCAAACAUUUUAACCAUUCAAGGUCAACAUUUGAGAUAUAUUAAAUUAACAUGACUUAAGUAAAGUGGUAUAUGCCUCCAAUUUACCAAAGCAUCAAGUGUAAUGAAUGCUACCUGUGUUCACAUUAGGGAUUUUAUUCUAGCCUUGAUUUUUUCCAUUUAAAAAAAAAUGCCUCUUUUUGUCUAUAAAAAUGGAACCACAAUAUUUUACUGCUUAUGUUUUAUAUGACAAACAUGCUUGGCAAUCUACUAAAUCCUUUCCACUUUAAAAGGCCUAUCAAAAAGAACAUUUUACAGGUAGCCUAGGUUGUUUAUCUGACACCAGCAGAGGAACAAAUCAGCUUUACUUUUUAUCUGGACGACUUCUGUUCCACAAUCACUAAAGACUAAGAAUUAGAUAGCUAUGAACAACAAAAUAAAAUAACAAGCAAGAAAUAGUAAUAAUGACCCUUGAUUAUUGAGCAUAUAUGUGCCAGACACUAGGUACACAUAAUUUAAUUUAUGUAAUUUACAUCGCUUAAUUCUCAUGGUUCCUAGAACAGUAAACUCAGAUUGAACAAAAUUAAAUACUUAAAUGCCACCCAGCUGACAGGUGGCAGAGCCAGGAUUAGACUUCCCAUUAGUAACAAGGUCUCCGGUGUUUUCACUACACCAAGUUGCCUACAGGAACAAAUUAUACUCAGUGCUGCCUGGGGGGGCUCUGUCACAUCAGUCAGCUUCUUGUUUUAAUGGGAUUGUUUAGCUGUGGCUCUACAAAUAAAGAAAUAGAGUAAAGUCAAGGUAUUUUUUUUAUUUCUUUGAAAACGGCAAUUUUCUAACGGCUAACCAACUUUUCUUUCUUGAAUGUAGAUCCCCCUCUAGUGGUAACUUGCUACUUCUGCACUUUCAUAGCCACAUUAUCUAUUCUAGUUCACUUUAUUCUGUAGAGUAGCCUGCCCCACCCCAAAAAAUAAUAAUAAUAAUAAUUUUCAUGCUUGUUUUUAUUGCUAAAGAAAGGAACUAAGUCAGGACAUUAACAUAAAGAUAACAUGCCUCUAGCAUUCUUUAGUAAAAGAAUGAUUCAAGUCACCCAAGACUUGUCAAGAGUAUUGGCAAGGUCCUGAUUUUAGUCUUAAUAGAAUAUAGAAUUGUAUUAAAUGUUGUUUUUUAAUAAAAACAUAUUUUGGAGAAUCACUUAUUUCUUCUAAUUCAGUUUUUCAGUCUUUGUUGUAUAAAUAUUUUCGUUUACAAUCUUAGUGGUUGGCCUUGAAUAUGGAGGCUGUAACUUGAGUUAAUAGGUUAAGACAUCUUUCUAUAAAUAAUUUAUUUUGUUCUAUUCUUCAUUGCCACAUUAUUACCAGGUAGGAAGACCCAUUUGAGAUAAACUUAAUUUCUGAGAAGAUACACCACGUUAAAGUUACAAAUUAAAUCUCUCAAUUCAAUCCAGACUACCUGAUUGGAUUACUGUUUUACUUAAAGGCUCUCAUAAUUCAUUCAUUCAUUCAUUUAUUCAAUCAACAUUGAUUAAGGACUUACUAAAUGCCAGACACCCUGGUAGGGGCUGAGAUAUAUAAGAUGUCCUGUAUUAGUUAUCUAUAGCUGUGUGACACAUUACCCCCAAACUUAGCAGUUUAAGACAACAAACAUUUAUUAUCUCACAGAGUUUCUGAGGGUCAGAAAUCUAGAAGCAGCUUAACUGGGAGGUUCUGGCUUAUGAUCUCUCACUGAGUGGCCAGAGCUGCAAUCAUCUGAAGGUUCAAUUGGGGCCAAAGGAUUUGCUUCCAAGUUUACACCAUGUGGCAUAUCUAUAGGGAGGCUCACAACAUGACAGCUCACAACAUGGCUUUCCCCAGAGUGAAUGAUCCAAAAAGGAGACUGACAACCUAAUCACAGGAGUGACAUACCAACACUCUGUUGUACUCUAUUGGUCACACAGAGCACCCCUGGUACAGUGUGGGAGGGGACUACACAGGGUGUGAAUGCCAGGAGAGGCGGAAAUGGAGGAGCGCCAUCUCGGAUGCUGACUAUCCCAGGGCAAUUGUCCAGGUACAUACUGUGGAAUUAGUGGCUUACAUUUUUGGGAAACUCAGGUAAAUAAAUUCUAGUAUGCACACGAAGAACAAUGACUUAAUAAGAGUCUAUACAAAGGGUGAUAAGAGCAGGUUGCUCUCUAGCCUGCUUCCAACUCUGCCCCCGGUGUAGCACCUGCCUAGGAGAGCACCCUCUCAAUCCCUGGUGCUGACAGUCCAUUGACCAGCCACGGUUCGGGCUGACUUGACUUUCCAUGGGGCUGAUCAUUGUCCCAUUGCUCUACAACACUCACUUAUAGCUGUUCCUCAGGAUUUAUUCACUUUCCUGUCUUCCAUCAUGGUAUAAUCCAAAGAGACCUGGUCCGUACAGACAUCCCAUGGGACAUCAGACUGAACCACUACAUUGAUCACGUCAUGCUUAUUAGAUAAGAUAAGCACAAAGCCGUCAGUAUGCUGGAGACACAUGUUCCAGGAGGUAGGACACAAACCCUAUCAAGAUUCAGGCACUGACUACUUCCGUGAAGUUUUUAGUGACCC